AUGUCUCCGCGGUUCGGUAAUCGGUCACCACUUCCUUCCCACGACCGGGCUCCAUCGCGGUCCUCGCGCUCGAGAUCUCGUGACUCGCGACCUCGCAGUGUUACCCGCAGUCCGUCUCCCGAUGCAGGUCGCCGUGACCGACGUACAAGAAGCCCCUCUCGAUCUCGAUCGCCUUCCCGUGAGCGCAGCAAAGGUGGCCGACGCUACCGCAGUCACAGCCGUAGCCGCACCCGCAGUCGGAGUUACAGUCGUUCGCCCAGUCGAGACUUAAGUCCCCCCGGAGCGCAAAGGUUGAUACAGAUUGUGGUUGAGAAAUUGACCAAGAAUGUGACCGAGGCUCACCUUCGAGAGAUAUUUGGCGACUUUGGCGAUAUCGAAAACCUUGAUCUCCCCAUGAACGGAGCCUUUAUGCAUAACCGCGGAACUGCCUAUAUCCUCUACUACGAUCCCGCCGAUGCUGAGGCAGCCAUUGCCCAUAUGCACGAAGCCCAGCUUGAUGGUGCUGUUCUGAACGUUUCCAUAAUUCUCCCCCGGCGCAACUUUUCACAAUCACCACCACCAGCUAUCCGCAAUGGAGGCCGACAGCCAAAAUUUGGCAAGGGUUCACAUGCGAAAUCUCCUCCGAGGAGACAGGGUCGUGCCCGGCCUGGCGAGAUGCAUGAUUCGUACCGACCGCCAUCUUUCUCACGAUCACGAUCACCCAGACCAAGAGGAAGCGCCCGUCCAGAAAGCCCUCAUCAGCACCGGCGCCGAAGUCCCAGCUACAGUAACUACAGCCACAGUGACCGGAGUCGCAGUCCUAGGAGGAGCCGGAGCCGGAAUCGACAUUAA